GAUGUUUGUUGUUCAACCGACGCCGAGCAAUGGCUCCUGCCGGAAGCUGACCCAAAGACGCGCCGCAAGGACGCGAUCACGUUCUGUAAUUCACCAGUGGCAACAGGUCAGCAAUGGCGCGGGCGGCCGCUGAAACUGGGAACUGUUGAAAAGGUUUACUUUUCGAUAGAGUCAAUUGAAAAUAAGCGGUCGAACGCAUCGCUGGCGGAAGACCACAUGAAGGCCAAGCUCUUCACACGCACAAGCACGCGUUCAAUGGAGUGCGAGGAUCGAGGAACGUUGUAGUAUUAGGCGUGAAGGUAGGGUCGAGAAUGCUGAAGCUGCAGGCGGAAAGAAGGUCGAACGUUUGUCCCAUGCAAGAUUUCAUUCUCAUCGCUCAAGCGCGACAUACGUUUCGCGCUCCUCACGAUGUCGCUCAGUUGACUGGCGACUGCCGCACAAAAUCAAGUACAACUCGCACAACCUGCGCAACAACGCGGCGCCUCAAUGUCGUCCAAUCUCGUGGAUGCAGGAGGUACGCCUCUUUGGUACCCGCCAGCUUCCAUACUCGAGGAGUCCUCCUUGCGCUCAACACUGGUUCGUCAUGACAAACCAGGAGUCGAAUCGCGGCGUCCCAGCUCCCUACGAGAAGCUGCUGGCGCAGAGGAACAAAUGCUGGCUGCGGUGGCACAGAGGUCACUCGAGUACACUCACACAUCCUUCAAUCCCAUCAACCAGCCGGCAAACCCUCCCUGCGAUAAACCGACCAGACACGACUCUCCCGUGCCUCGCAUCACCCCGACCACGACCGAGCUUUUCAGGCAGCAUUAUGGCCGCCAGAUUGAGUGUCUCCAUAUUGACAUGUAUGAGCUUGGUGCGCACGAAGUGGCCACCAUAGACCAUCAGGAGAACCGCGUAUAUCAUAUCGGUCUCAAUACUGGAGGCUCCUACUCUGGCAGAUUCGAGAACAAACCACUUGUGUCUGAAUUGCAGGCGCUUCUGGCAGGAGCUUUGGCAAGCACCGCUGAAAGAGAAUCGAAGACUCUGCGGUACAAAGAGGGCGCGAAAAUGGAACAAAUGAUUCGUGCCCACUUGAAUGCUGGAGGCAAACUCAUCGUAGAGCAGACGUCCGCCAGCGCAGAACAGAACGCUGGAAUUGAGUGCCAUCUUCCGGGAUGCUUAGCUCGCAGCAAAUCCAUUCCGCCCACAAAUUUCUACCUCGAUCUCCAGCAUACCUCUUCCGAAGGUCACUACAACGAUGGAUCCCUGCAGCACCCUGGUGUGCAACGAAGAUCGCCCUCGACCGAUGAAUCAGUAACUUUGAAUGGAUCGCCGGUGAAGGAGCCAGGAGACAUACCUCAGCUUGAUGGUGUCGAAGCCGAGCAGCCUGGAUUCAAUGGCAAUGGUGGACCCGUCCGCAGGGUCCACGAGAUAGAAGAGCCAAAUGGUCACAAUGGCGGUCUACAAGCAUCUCGAUGGGCACAUGCGAAAGGCGAAGUGCCUCAAGCCUCACCUGCACGACUGCCUACUCCUGAGCCGGGACCAGACAAGGCGACAGACGACACCACACCAGAUUCACCGGCCUCCAUCGAUUCAACUGGCCAAUGGCAACAUCCUCCUCGCCGGUUUCAAUACAUUGCCUCCUUUAUUGAGCCAAGUGCAACUCUACCAGCAGAGUACAGGGCAGCUGUAUUCUUAUGGAAAGCUGCAAGCAAGACUCAACUGUCCUGGGAGCAGCACCUGCAUAAGUUGAAAAGUUUGCGGGUGGACCACACUGGUGACAGCCUGCUCGCAGAACAGAUCGAGAAAGAUUUCCAGAUUGAGGACGAUGACUACAAUGAGGAAGAGAUUAGAGCAUACGAGCACCAGACUGGCUCACGCAAGAAGGAUUGCUAUGGAAAUGUGCUGUCGGUGGUGCUUGCUUGGGUCAAAAAACAAGAUUGAUUGCGUGGAUCGUUGUGGCUGCUAAGACGCAUUGCAUUCGACAACUUGUGCAGUCAGCUAGUUUUCUGGCAGCUCAGCUUGAGUGAAACGUGAGCUCCUUGACGGCUCUCUUGGACGAGGAAGUGACGUCGGGAGCUUUUGCAAUCGAGAGGCU